GUUAAUUUACUUACAUUAGAAAUAGGAAUUGUAAAUUUUAAAACGUAUUUUUAAAAAAUAAUUUAUUAAAUUAAAGGUGUAGUUUUUAAUUAGAUUGAAAAUAUGACACACAAAUAAUGAUCGACCACGCAAAUGUUAGAAUCUUGUUUCUAUUGCAAUAUAUACAGGAAUAAUUUAAAAUAUAAAAAAAAUAGUUUCAGUUAGAAAAAGAGAACUUAUAUUCUCUUGAAAUGGGAAAAAGAAAUCCUUUCCUUUGUAGAAAAAUAUGAAUAGUAAUAGAUAAUCUGAAUAAAUUUUAGAAUACUUUUUUUUGGUGUACUUUUCUGAAUUUUAACUUCACGCUGAAUCCGAACCUAGUCUCAGAAUUGUUCUAUGAUGUUAAGUUUUCAAGAUAUAGUCUAAAAGGUAAAAAAAAAAGAUUUCAGGCUAGGUAUUUAAGAUUUUGUAACAUCAAGAGAUAAUUUAUUUAAAAAGAGGUCGUUUUCAAGCGUUUCUAGUGUCAGUAGCGGAAGAAGUUUGAUUCCGUCUGACCAAAACAAGGAGACAAUUGAAGAAGAACGCGAUACAGUCGACACUCGAUAAUUAAACAUUCGAUAAAUUGAAUCUCUCGGUAAAUUGAAGCGUUCUUCGGGUCCCUUGAAAAACUCGCGAUAAAUUGAAAAAAUCCCAUUGUUUUGGGUCCCUUGAUAAAUAAAAGUUUUUUUGACGGCAACUUGUCUAUUUUACCUCUAUAAAUUGAAUUCGUCCAGCCGAACUCUCUAUAAUUUGAAUUUUUCGAUAUAUAUAUAUAGAAAUGCUCCCUCUGUAAAUUGAAUUCAGUCAAAUUGAACUCUCUAUAAUUUGAAUUUUCUUCAUAGAUAGAAAUGUAUACUUUAAUUUUCCUUGAAAAUAAAAGUUAUUGUAAACAUUGUAUCUUGUAAACACAGUACAUUCUAAAAUCAAAAUACUGAAUCAUUCAUUGUUAAUUAUUCCCAUCUAUUAAUGUAAUUAUCAACUCGCUGUUAAAUUCAGUUUAAGACUAGUCUCGUUUUUUGUACGAGUUGAAAAUGACGUCUCCGAGAUCGCACAAAUGUUUAACGAUUUUGGAGGAAAAAAAAAUUAUCGAUAUCGCGGAAAGUGGUGGAACAAAAAAAGAUAUUGCCAAACAAUUUGGAAUUUUGCCUUCAACGCUCUCUAAUAUUUUAAAAAAUAAAGAUCGAAUUCUCGGACUCAACGUAAGUGAUGGAAAAAAGAGGUUUCGAAAGUGUAAGUUUCCACAACUUGAGGAAUGUCUAGUGAAGUGGUUCGCUCAGUGCAGAGAAAAAAACAUACCCAUGAGUGGUGCCAUGCUUAAGGAAAAAGCCCUAUCAUUUGCUUUAUCACUUGGCAUGGUAGGUUUUUCAGCUAGUGAGGGGUGGCUGGCUAAUUUUAAAAAACGACAUGACAUUGUUUAUAAGAAACUUUGCGGUGAAAGUGUAAGUGUGGAUGAGUCUGUUUGUUCGAAUUGGAAAAUAGACUUGAAAGGACUUUUAGACAACUAUGAGCCACGUAACAUCUUUAACACAGAUGAAACAGGACAUUUUUUUAAGUGUUUACCAGAAAAAACUUUAAAUUUUCAAAGUGAAAAAUGCUACGGUGGUAAACAUUCCAAACAAAGAGUGACGCUUUUACUUGCUACGAACAUGGAUGGAAGUGAAAAGUUGAAACCUCUGAUAAUAGGAAAAUCUGCAAAGCCUCGUUGUUUUAAAGGUGUUAAAUCGUUUCCGGUUGAUUACAAAGCUAACAAAAAAUCCUGGAUGACUACUGAACUUUUUAAUACAUGGUUGUUACAAUUGAAUAAAUCCAUGAAGAAACAGAAGCGCAAAAUUUUACUUUUUAUGGAUAAUUGUACCGUUCACAAUAACCCUCCACCGCUAGAGCACAUUAAAGUGCAUUUUUUCCCGCCGAACACCACUUCCAAAUUACAACCAUUAGAUCAAGGUGUAAUCCAAAAUUUUAAAAUUUUUUAUCGCAAAGAAGUAGUAAAACUGGUAUUGGACAAAAUUGAGAAUGGAUCGAUUGUCAACAUCACAAUGCUUACUGCUAUGACCAUGAUUGAUAAGGCAUGGAAAAAUGUCAGGCAACAAACAAUUCUCAACUGAUUUAGAAAAUGUGGAUUUGUCGUGAACUCGCAAAGUCUGAAUGAAAAAAAUGGAUACGGACUUCCAGAUAAUGAAGAAUUAAAUACUGUUAACCAAGAUUCAUUGUGGAAUCUUCUUCCUGGACAAAAAGAUCUGACGUUUGAAAAUUUCGCACAUUUGGACGACGGCGUUGCAGUUUAUGGUAAUCUAACUGAUGCAGAAAUUGCAGCAAGUGCGAGUGACCCUGCAGAAGUUGAUGGAGAAGACGAAGGUGAUGAUGACGAUGUGUUAAAUGUGUUUGUGUCGUUAAAAGAAGCAAGAACGUCAUUGAAUAUUUUACGAUCGUAUGCACUUCGCGCUUAAGUCGAUGACAACUUUUCAGAGAAUCGAAGAGGAGAUCGCCAAGAUGGUAAAGUCUUGCGAAGACCAGAAGAAUGUCAACAUGACUAUUAAGGAUAGACUUAAUUUUAAGUGUUUGUGAAAAAUAUCCCGAAUACUCGAAAAAUUUAAAUUGCGGAACAAACCAGGUCCACCUCGUAUAGAAGGUACAAAAUUUAUGAAAGUUCCCACAUGAGUAUUCUGUUAAAUGCUUUUUCGGUUAAUUACAAAUUCUGUAGUAUGAAAUAUCGGUUACAUGGAAAUCCUAUCAAAUAAAUGAUUCGAACAAAUGAAAAUUCAUCUAAAAGAAAAUUCUAUUUUUUAAAUUCUACCUAAUAAAAAUUCAUUAAAAUGGCUAAAUUAUGUAAUAUAGAAAAUCGGUUUACUGAAAAUUUUGCAAAAUAAUAAUUCGAACAAAUAAAAUUCGGUUCAAUGAAAAUUAUAUUUAAUGAAAUUCUAUUAAAUGAAAAUUCUAACAAUUGAUUUGUCGAAAUAAAUACACUGCAAAAAGAAGUAUCUUAUUUUAAGAAAUUUUGGUAGCGUUUUAAAGACAUUAAGAUAUUUCAAAUGUCUUGAAAACGCUACCAAAACAUCUUAAAAUAAGAUCCUUCUUUUUGUUGUGUAAUCGCGGUGUUUCAGUGUACUAUGAUCGAAAAAGUAUAAGGAGACAAAUCACCUUUAUAAAAUACUAAAUUUGUUACGCAGGGUUUUACAAUCUACAGAUGCACGUGCAUAAAGCUGU